AUGUCGAACUUUUACAUCCAGAACAAAAACGUCGGCAACAAGGCUGACUCUGAAGACUGGCGAAUCCGUGGCUACAACCCGCUCACUCCUCCUGAUUUGCUCCAACAUGAGAUUCCUCAGACAACCGAGUCCAAAAGCACCGUCAUCGAAUCGAGAGAGCAAGUCGUCGCGGUAGUAAACGACACGGAUGACCGGAAGCGUCUCCUUGUCGUAGUCGGUCCCUGCUCCAUCCAUGACCCCGAUGCCGCUCUCGCCUACUGCGACCUCCUCCUCAAGGCCCGCGAGAAGCACAAGGACGAGCUCCUUAUUGUCAUGCGCUCCUACCUCGAAAAACCUCGUACUACAGUUGGCUGGAAAGGCCUGAUCAACGACCCCGACAUCGACGGUAGCUUCAAGAUCAACAAGGGCCUGCGGCUGGCCCGUCAGCUCUUUGUGGAUUUGACCAGCAAGGGUAUGCCUAUAGCCAGCGAGAUGCUCGACACCAUAUCCCCUCAGUUUCUCGCCGACUUGCUCUCCGUCGGUGCCAUUGGUGCUAGAACCACCGAGAGUCAGCUGCAUCGCGAGCUGGCCAGCGGCCUCAGCUUCCCCGUUGGUUUCAAGAACGGUACUGACGGCUCUCUCGGCGUUGCCAUCGAUGCCAUUGGUGCCGUCAAGCACCCCCACCAUUUCUUGUCCGUCACCAAACCUGGUGUCGUGGCCAUUGUCGGCACCACUGGCAACGAGGACUGUUUCGUCAUCCUACGCGGCGGUACCAAAGGCACCAACUACGACGCUGCUAGCAUCGCCGAGGCCAAGGCGGCUUUGCACAAGAAGGGUGUUCGCCAGAGACUCAUGGUCGACUGCAGUCAUGGCAAUUCGCUCAAGGAUCACAAGAACCAACCCAAGGUUGCCGCCAAUGUUGCGGAACAGAUCGCCAAUGGUGAGACUGGCAUCAUGGGUGUCAUGAUUGAAAGCAACAUUGAUGAAGGCAAUCAAAAGGUCCCUGCGGAGGGCAAGUCUGGUCUCAAGCAUGGAGUCAGCAUCACCGACGCCUGCAUUAACUGGAAAGACACCGAAUCGGUGCUCGACCUGCUUGCGGAUGCUGUCAAGAAAAGACGGCAAGUGAUUGGUGCCAACGGACAUGCUUAG